ACUUGUCGCGGGCUUGUGGCAGCUCCCGCAUUCAGCUUAGCUUCGCGGCGGCGUGGCUAAUGGCACCUCAGCGGAGGGGUGCUCCCAAGGCCCCCGAGGGCAGCGGGGCGGCGGAGCGCCGGCGCCAGAGCAGCACGAAGAGUAUCCGGGCGCCUCGGGAUGUGCGCAAGAAGUGGUUGAGAGUCGCUGUCCUGGGGUCCUGCACUGCGCUCGCCGCCUGCCUGUUCUGGGGCAGCCUGGGGGGUGAUGACGGCAUCACUGAGGUCCUGGCUCACCGCAGCGAGAUCCUGCCAGGCAGGUUCAUUGAGGUGCCCUGCUCUGAGGACUAUGACAGUCACCAAAGGUUUGAAGGCUGCUCCCCGAGGAAGUGUGGCCGGGGCGUCAGCGAUGCUGUCAUCACGAGGGACGAAGCCCGGAGGAUUCGCAGCAUAGCCGAGAAGGGGUUGUCCCUGGGAGGAUCCGAUGGAGGGGCGUCCAUCCUGGACCUGCACUCAGGGGCCUUGUCUGUUGGGAAGCACUUUGUAAAUCUGUACAGAUACUUUGGGGAUAAAAUACAAACUAUCUUCUCAGAAGAGGACUUCCAGUUGUACCGGGAUGUGCGGCAGAAGGUCCAGCUGGCGAUCGCCCAGGCGUUUGGCAUCAGUGCGUCUUCACUGCACCUGACAAAGCCCACCUUCUUUUCCCGCAUCAACAGCACGGAGGCCCGGACGGCUCACGACGAAUAUUGGCACGCGCACGUGGACAAGGUCACAUAUGGUUCCUUUGACUACACAUCGCUACUGUACCUUUCCGACUACCUGGACGACUUUGGUGGGGGGCGGUUUGUGUUCAUGGAGGAGGGGGCCAACAAAACGGUGGAGCCGAGAGCAGGUCGGGUAUCCUUCUUCACCUCCGGGUCUGAGAACCUGCAUCGGGUGGAGAAGGUCCACUGGGGCACCCGCUACGCCAUCACCAUUGCCUUCACCUGCAACCCCGACCAUGGCAUCUUGGACCCAACACUCACGUAGCCCCAGGAGGCCUGCCCAGCAGCCCUGCCCGGAAGCAGCCAUGCUGGACAUGCACCCCUUCCCUCCCGCUCAGCUCAUUUCUACCAUUUCCACUGAACAAGGUGCCUUAUGAAUCAUCCCGAAUUUUGAUUUGCUAAUGUUUGAUCAUUUAUCAACUCUGAGUAAAUGGAGGGGACCAGCUUCCCCUCACAAGGAUCAA